AUGAAUAAAGACAAGAAUUUGGUUAAAAAUAAAGUUAACAAAAUAUCUUUUUGUUUAUUAUCAUCUGAUGAUAUUCGUAAACUUUCUGUUCAUACCCUAUCGACGAAGGAUUUAUAUGAUGUUCUUACUAAAUCUCCAAUGUGUGGCGGUCCCUUAGAUAGAAGAUUAGGUGUUGGCAAUAAGAAAGACACAUGUUUAACCUGUAAUGAGAACAUCGUCAGUUGUGUAGGUCAUUUUGGUGACAUAAAACUUGUUCUUCCUGUUUUUCACAUAGGUCUAAUAAAACAAACUGUGGCUGUCUUAAGUUGUGUUUGUAAGCACUGUGGGAAUUUUUUGAUGACUGAAAAAAAGAAAAUUUUUUUUAGAAAUAAAAUUCGUGAAAACAGUAAUAAGCAAGAUCUUGCACUUUUGUAUAAAAAAAUAAUUGCAGAAUGUAAAAAAAUGAGUAGCUGUGAAAAGUGUUGUUCUCCUAAUGGUAGUGUGAAAAAAGGUGUCGGUUUUAAAAUUUUGCAUGAAAUGGAGAUGAUAGAGUUGAGUAACACGGAAAAAAAUAAGAUUGGAAACUUACAGAUAAAAUCUAACAUAAACUCAGGAUUCGAUAUUGGGCUAUUAGUACAAAAAAAUAAUACCUUAAGUUCAAAGAUUAGAAGAGAUAAGAAGCAUGUUGUUAAACAGGUUGUUGAUAUUAAUCCUCAGGUUGCAUUAAAUAUAUUUUCUAUGAUUGACGAAUCAGAUUAUGAAUUGCUUGGCCUUCAAGAGUCACCUACAAAAUUUAUUUUACAAAACAUUUUGGUUCCACCAGCAUGCAUUAGACCAAGUGUUGGUCUCGAUGAAAAGGGUACUAAUGAAGAUGAUAUCACAAUUAAAAUUGCGGAAAUUAUUCAUUCCAACAAUGUUCUCAAAGAUAGUAUUGAUAAAGGCAAUCCUAUUCACAUUAUUAAUGAAGAUUGGGAUCAUCUUCAGUUACAAUCUUCUCUUAUGAUUAACUCUGAUCUUCCUCAGGUUUCAGUUCAGUCUCAACCAAUCAGAGGUAUAGUUCAACGUUUAAAGGGUAAAUCAGGUCGAUUUAGAUGUAAUCUAAGUGGUAAAAGAGUUGAUUUUAGUGGUCGAACUGUGAUUUCUCCUAAUCCAAAUUUAUCUAUUGAUCAAGUAAACGUUCCUGAGCACAUGGCUAAAAUUUUAACUAUUCCAGAAAAAGUAACUUCGUUUAAUAAAUUAAGAUUACAAUCUCUUGUUGAUAAUGGGCCUCUUGUUUAUCCUGGUGCAAAUUAUAUCAUCGGUAAGACAUUUAAAAAAUUUAUUUUGUAUGCGAAUAAGGAUAACAAACUUAAUGAAGGUGAUAUUGUUGAGAGGCACCUUCUGGAUGGAGAUAUAGUGUUGUUUAACAGACAACCAUCUUUACAUAGGAUGAGCAUUAUGGCUCAUUAUGUGAAAAUUCAUAAAAACAAAACUCUCAGAUUUAACGAAUGUGUCUGUGCUCCUUACAAUGCUGAUUUUGAUGGGGAUGAAAUGAACAUUCAUGUUCCACAAACCGUUAAAUCGAGAGCGGAAUGUAUUGAAUUAAUGGGUGUGAAUGAAAAUAUUGUUACUGCAAGGCAUGGGGAACCUUUGAUAGCUGCAACCCAAGAUUUCAUAACGGCAAUGUAUCAGAUAACCUCCAAAGAUACUUUUUAUGAUCGUCAAAAGUUUGGGCAGCUUUUGGCAGACUUUUCAAUUGAUCACGUUGAUUUGAAACCUGUUAUAUCUAAUCCAGUAGAGCUUUUUACUGGUAAGCAAUUGGUACAAGCUAUGGUUUACAACAGUUUGGAAGAUAAAAGUAAGAUUAAAGAAGUUACCUUAGUGGCUAAAAACAGAUCUUACGUAUCUGAUUUUGACCAUAAUGAUGGUCUGUUUCUCAUUCAAGGUGGAAUCUAUAUUUCAGGUAGAAUUGAUAAGAAUAUUAUAGGAGGAGAAUGUAAAAAGAAUAGUUUAUUAUACGUAAUUCUAAAAAUUUCAAAAAAGUCAUCAUCAAAUAUGAUGUUAAAUAUAACUAAAGUUGCUUCAAGGUACCUUGGGGAGGUAGGAUUUAGUAUAGGAUUAACAGAUGUUCUACCUGGUAUAGGUCUUCAAAAAAAGAAAGAAAUUGUUGUUAAUGAAGGAUAUGAUAAAUGUGAUAAGAUUAUACAUAAUAUAAAACAUGGCAGAGGAGAUUUAGAGACAGGUGAGAUGGAGAUCUCAUGUAUUUUGAAUAAAAUUCGUGAAGAAUGUGGAUCAAUAUGUAUCAACGAAUUAAGCAUACAUAAUUCUCCUAUUAUUAUGCAAGCUUGUGGUUCAAAAGGCUCAAAGAUAAAUGUUUCUCAAAUGAUUGCCUGCGUUGGACAACAAAUCAUCAGUGGUAAACGUAUACCUGACGGUAUGUCAUCAAGGACACUGCCUCACUUUGAAAAGAAUUCGAUUACACCUCAGUCUAAAGGAUUUGUUAAAAAUUCUUUUUUCACGGGAAUGACAGCACCUGAAUUUUUUUUCCAUGCAGUGAGUGGAAGGGAAGGUCUUGUAGAUACUGCUGUUAAGACUGCAGAAACAGGAUAUAUGCAAAGAAGACUCAUGAAAGCCUUAGAGGAUCUAUCUGUUAAGUAUGAUUUUAGUGUUCGAACACCAAUGAAUGAUGUAGUUCAGUAUAAAUAUGGGGAGGAUGGAGUAGACCCAAUUUUAAUGGAAUGUGAUGAGCCAAUCGAUUUUAAACGAACUUUUAAUGUUGUCAAAUCACUUUUAAUUAAUAAUUUAGAUAGUCUAAGCGCAUCAGAAAAUAAGUUUUUACAAGAAGAUAUUUUUGUCGAAAAAAUUGGAGAAUAUUUUGAAAACUUAAAAAAGGACUUUAUUAUAAAACGCUAUUGUGGGGAUAUCUGCAAUUUUAAAUUGAAAGUUGACUUGUUCGAAUUUUUUAACGAAAUUUCAGACAAGCAUUAUUUUUUAUUCGGACAAUUUUACAGGUACAUUUAUAGCUGUAAGUUUUUAAAUUUAUUUUUUGAAAUAAUUGCUAAAAAACUUAAGAAUAGUUUGAUAGAGCCAGGAACUGCUGUUGGAGCUAUAGCAGGACAAAGUAUCGGAGAACCAGGCACACAAAUGACACUUAAGACAUUUCAUUUUGCUGGUGUUGCAAGUAUGAAUAUAACUUUAGGAGUUCCUAGAUUAAAAGAAAUUAUUAAUGCUGUUAAUAACAUUAAUACACCAAUAAUCAAUGCUCCCUUAUCUAAUAAUGAUAAACUACAUGCGAAUUUGGUAAGAGGUAGAAUAAUGAAGGUUUUUUUUAAGGAUAUCUGUAAAGGAAUUACCGAAAGGGUAUCUAAAGAAGUAAUCUGUGUAGAUUUUGAAAUAGAUCUUGAUAUUAUCAGCAAUUUAAGGUUACCAAUAGAUAUCUAUAAGAUAAAAACAACACUAAAUCUUUUAGAACAAAUUACAAUCAUGGAUAAAAACGUUAUGAGAGUGCAUUUUAAAAAUUCACUUAAUCAGAAUGUGUUUAGCAUACAGAAAUAUAAGAAAAAAAUAUUGAAUACUAUUGUAUCUGGUCUUCCUUCUGUAAAUAAAGUGAUUAUUCAUAACGAUAAAGGGGUUUAUAAGUUAAUUUUAGAGGGUAAAGGGUUGACUAAUGUAUUUUGUACGGAAGGUAUUGAUUGGAAAAACAUUAUUGGUAAUGGAAUACUUGAGACCCAAGAUGUACUUGGCAUAGAAGCGGCAAGAUCUCUUAUUAUUUCUGAAAUUGAGUACGUAGUCGGAAAACAUGGGAUUAAAAUUGAUCCUAGACAUAUCAUGUUGCUAGCUGAUACUAUGACCUACAAGGGAGAGGUUUUAGGCAUAACAAGAUUUGGAAUUUCGAAGAUGUCAUGUAGCACUUUAAUGUUAGCUUCUUUUGAGCAAACAAGUGAUCAUUUGUUUGAUGCAGCAAUAAGAAGCAAAAGUGAUGAGGUUUGUGGGGUGAGUGAGUCAAUAAUUCUUGGAAAACCUAUCUCUAUAGGAACUGGUGGAAUAGACUUAUUUUGGAAAAAUGAGUAG